GUAUAAUUACGACAUGGGAACCAACGCAUCACAGCUAGAGAAAGAGUUCGGGACGUCGUUUCCGCCCAAUGAGCGUUAUUUCGGGCUUGUAAACUUUGGAAACACGUGCUACUGCAAUUCUGUGCUACAGGCGCUUUUCUUUUGCGUACCAUUUCGGAACAACGUUUUGCGGUGCAGUUCAGCCACGUCAAAGAAGAAAGAGAACCUCCUCACAUGUCUGGUCGACUUGUUUAGCAGCAUAGCUUCACAGAAACGUCGUGUGGGCGUGUAUACUCCGAAGAAAUUUGUGUCUCGGUUGAAGAGGGAAAAUGAGCUAUUUGACAACAUGCAGCAACAGGAUGCCCAUGAAUUUCUGAACUACCUGCUCAACACCGUGGCAGACCUGGUCACAGUUGAGACAAAAACAUCUGGAGCUGAAAGCAAAGCCAGCGAUGCAUCAGUCAAGACAUGGGUCCACGAGAUCUUCGAAGGCGUACUAACAAAUGAAACUCGCUGCUUGACAUGCGAAACGGUAAGGAGUAAAGACGAAGAAUUUCUGGAUCUUUCUGUUGAUAUUCAGCAGCAUUCGUCAAUAACGUGUUGUCUAAAGUGUUUCUCUGGAACAGAGACACUGUGUUCUCAGUACAAAUAUUUUUGUGAUACAUGUUGUAGCAAACAAGAAGCCACCAAACG